GUACUGGUUGACGUUGACAGUUUGGAGGACACUUCCUGAUGCUGGCACCCGGGUUAAGCUAGGCCAGCUAACAGAUUUGAUUUUCACGGUUUGGGGAAACCUGUGAAAUACAGCGUGGUCAAGUCGUCUGGUUUAGUGGUGGGAGCAGAAGAGGUCGGACGGCAUCAUGAACGGCCAGCUGGACCUGAGCGGAAAGCUUAUCAUCAAAGCCCAGCUGGGUGAUGACAUCAGACGUAUCCCUAUCCAUAAUGAAGACAUAACUUAUGAUGAGCUAGUGCUGAUGAUGCAACGUGUCUUCAGGGGAAAGCUGCAGAGUAAUGAUGAGGUUACUAUCAAAUACAAGGACGAAGAUGAUGACCUCAUCACAAUCUUUGAUAGCUCUGACCUCUCUUUUGCCAUCCAGUGCAGUAGAAUACUCAAACUCACUUUGUUUGUGAAUGGUCAACCGCGGCCUUUGGAGUCCAGCCAGGUGAAGUACCUGCGCAGGGAGCUCAUUGAGCUCAGGAAUAAAGUCAACAAUCUCCUGGACAGCCUGGAGCCUCCUACAGAGCCUGGUGUGGCUGCUACAGCACCAGACAGUGAAUCAGUGGAAGGACGUGAAGGCAAAGUAGUGGCAGCAGACACUACGGUGAAACAGGCCACUCCAGUUAGUGCAGCCAGUAUGUCAGCCUUCGACCCGUUGAAAAACCAGGACGAAGUCAACAAGAAUGUCAUCUCGGCUUUUGGCCUGAGUGAGGACCAAGCUCCAGCUCCUCCAGCAUCUGCACCAGAGGAACGCUCAGGAACUCCUGACAGCAUCAACUCCUCCUCGUCAGCUGCCCCUCAGCCAGGAGUGCCCCCUCAACCACAAGCCCCCUAUCCUGGAGUACAGCAGGGACCCCCAACUAGCAUUGAUGGUCAAGUGUACCCACAGUACCAGGCUCCAGGUGGAUACCCGCCUCAGCAACCAGGUGCCCCACCACAGCAGCAGUACAGCAUGCAGUACUCUGGAUACAACGCUCAGCCCGGAGCCCCUCAACCCGGCCCACCACAGCCUCCCCAGCAGCAGCAGCAGUUUCAGAACUACCCUCCCCCCUCCUCCCAGGCUGCUGCACCCGCUCCAGCUCCAGCCCCAGCUCCAGGCUUCCAGGGAGGGCAGCAGCAGCCUCAUCCAUCUCAGGCAGCCCAACAGUAUCCACCAGGAGCCUUCCCUCCUCAAAACUAUACCUCCCAGGCCUCCCAACCCGCCAACUACAACAUGCCACCCAGCUCCCAGCCAGGCCCAGGGUACCAACCCCGUCCUGGAUACACCCCACCUCCGGGAGGCACCCCUCCACCAGGAGCUGCUAACCCCUAUGCCCGCAACCGCCCCCCUUACGGCCAGGGCUACACUCAGCCAGGCCCUGGAUACCGGUAAAAGAGGAUAGCGGAUGUUACUGAUCCUCUCACAUGACACAUCCUUUAACCCCUUCCCUACUUUGUGGCUCCAACUGUUUGGAGUGGGUGCAGGAAACUACUGCUCUGUACCUCCCCCCUCAUUCAAUUAUCAAUCCAAAUAUGAAACAAGAAACUCCCCAAGUCUGAUGGUUAGUGUUUGUAUGCUGUCUCUCCAACAUACCACUCUGUUUUGACCCUGAUGUUUGUUCCUGGUGUUAUUUUUCUCUGCCACUGUCAGCUCUGUCCUCUUGUAUCUGUCAUUGUAAAAAACUUAACAAGUCUGUAUGCACACACCUGGGAGACCAAAACAGGCUGUUGCACAAACUGUUUAUCAUUCAUUUUCGUGGUAACACUUCAUCUGAGAGUGAGAUCAUCAUCCAGAUUCUGCAUUUUUCAUACAUUUUAAUGACAGACAUCACAACCUGUUGUUUACUGUAUAUAUGCACCAUACAACACUAUCUCAAUGAAAAGUUACCCCUUUAUUAUUUGUUUGGUCUUGUUUAUUUAGGUUUUUUUUCUUUAUUUGAUCAACUUCACCACCAUGUCGGUAUUAAUGAUGUGUCAAUGAAAUUGAACUGCCCCAUGCUGGGAACACUAGCUAAGUGAUGGCUGAUGGGAGGUGUAGAUCCCACCAUCAUAAAGAAGGCGUACUCUCUUUAGCUUAUAAUAUCACCUCCAGUAAAGCUUGCUAUUCCUCUCUUUUUCUCUUUAUCUUAUCACUGGUUUUUACUAAUAAAUCAAAUUCCACCUUCAAGUGAGAUUAGUUGUUUAUGUAUAAACUGUAACAUUUUUUUUCUUUAACCUAAUAAAUGAUUGAGACCCA